AUGACACUGAUUCAGAAACAACACGGAACUCAAAACACUUUUACUGGUCCGGAAACAAAUUUUAACAAAAACUUACACUUUGUUUACUUGACCAUUUCGUUUUAUCUGCAAUCGGGCAAAAAUUUUACAAAUUUCAAGUUAACUUCAUUAGGCUCGUCUUAGCCAUGGCUUCUUUUAAGUGUGUUUUUACGGUAAUGAUAUUUCUGAUCUGUGGUUCUAUAGCCAAAGAGUAUAAUGUCUUCUGUCAAUACGACUUGGCCUCUUACUAUUACAAAGAACGCAGUCAAUUCUUUGACUGGAACUUGGACUCCAGACUUUGCACUCACCUGGUCAUUGGUUCUGGUGUGGGAGUUGAUGGAGAGACCGGUGAAUUGAAGAUCACCGACCAACAUCUGCUUCUGGAGAAGAACAUGCUGAGCGGCGUUAAAAACAUGAAGUGUGAUAGCAUCAAGAAGGUGUUGUUCACUGUAGGUGGAUGGCAGGAGGAAUCUAAGCACUUUUCCAGGAUGGUAGCCUCUCCAAACAAACGCGACAACUUCUACACCUCGUUGAUAGCUUUUCUGUUCAAGUGGGGUUUCGAUGGGGUUCAGAUCGAUUGGCGCUACCCCACUGAACGCGGUGGACAAUCUGAGGACCGAAAGAACUUUGUGCUCCUGUUAGAGGAGCUGGGAUUAAUCUUUCGGGAGCACAAGUUAGUUCUCAUGGUGACUGUGUUGGGACGAACCAACAAGGAAAACCUCGAGAGCUACGACAUUCCCGGGAUAGUGAAGAACUCCGACUUUGUCCAUGUAAUGAUGCACGAUGAACGGGACGCUUACCGCCUGCGGCUGGGUUACAAUGCUCCACUGCACGGAUAUGGAGACACCGUUGUCGAUGCCAUUAAAUAUUGGAAGAGGCACGGAAAGGCGCCCGAGAAACUCAUCUUGAACAUCCCCUUCUUCGUGCGUUCCUACACCAUGGAUAGGAUCCAGACGGCGGUAGGAUCUCCUUCCAAGGGACCCGGCAAAAGGACAAGGUUAUCCCAUCGUGAUGGCUUCAUGACCUACAAUGAGUGGUGCGUGCAGCAGUCCAACUGGACCAGGAAGUUUGACAAGGUGGCCAAGGUGCCAUAUGCCACAAGAGGUGAUCAGUGGAUAAGCUACGAGAAUCCGCAAAGCAUCUGGGCCAAGAUGCACUUGCUCCAGAAGCACAAGUUGGGCGGCGCCAUGGCCUGGACCGUCGAUGUGGACGACUUUCAGGGCAGAUGUGGAGAACGUCAUGGCUUGCUCCGCGUGAUCUUCGCUGCUUUGGGGGACAAGAAUGCCCUCACCACCGAAAAGCCCACCACUGAGGCCUCCGGACUUUGCCCACAGGAUGGAUUCCGGCGGGAUUCUUGGGACUGCCGGCUAUACCACGAAUGCCGCAAUGGGGAAAGGAUCUACUACGAGUGCUCUGAGGGAGAGUACUUUGACGAGGCUCAGGUGAUCUGUCGACCCGCCGCUGAAGUCAAGUGUGAUCAGAAUUUUGUCAUCUGGCGACCGGGAAUGCCCCUUUACAACUUCAAAAACAUGCCACUCAACCUUAAGGUUGUUGACUGAGUUCCCAAAAGCACAGACAACUAAAGAUAUUCGCUUGUAAAAAUAAAGAUCAGCACUUUACUGAUCCCGAGUAGUUACA